GCCCCGCACGAUGGCGGCCCCGGAGCCGCCGCCGCCGCUGGAGGGCUCGAAGCCGCUGGGCGGGCUCCUCAGCGGCAUCGCCCAGGCCGCCUACUACGGCAACGCGGGCAUCACGGAGGAGCUGCUGCGCGGGCAGCUCUACCCGGAGGCGGCGCCGGAGGAGUUCCGCGCCCUGCGCGCCAAGAUGAGCGGCCUCCUCCAGUCAAUUGCUUCCGCAGACAUGGAUUUGAAUCAGCUGGAGGCUUUUCUCACUGCCCAAACCAAAAAACAAGGUGGCAUCACAUCUGAUCAAGCUGCAGUCAUUGCAAAAUUUUGGAAGAAUCACCGAAUAAAGAUCCAUGAGAGCCUGAUCAAUCAAAGCCGCUGGGAUAAUGUCUUGAAAAACAUGAACUGGCGAGUGGAUCUGAAGUCACAGUCAAGACACAUCAAUCAGAUAAACACUCCUGUUGCAAUAGUUGAAAUGGAAUUGGGGAAGAAUGGGCAGGAAUCGGAGUUUCUCUGUCUGGAGUUUGAUGAGGCCAAGGUGAGCCAGAUGCUGAAGAAACUCUCGGAAAUAGAGGAGAGCAUGACUUUGUUGACUCAGACCACUUAACCAAAUAAAGACAUUGCAACUCAGAAAA